UUCACAUGCAGAGCUACAGAGAGACUUUUAUCUCCCCAUCCUUCUCACUUCUCACUCAGUACUUUGCAUCCCGGAGACAGAAACAAGCAGCCAGUAGCAACCUGUAUAAGAAGCCAUGGCUAAUAAAGGACCUUCAUAUGGCAUGAGCCGUGAUGUCAUGUCCCGCAUAGAAAAAAAGUAUGAUGAUGAAUUGGAGGCACGUCUAGUGCAGUGGAUUAAGCUUCAGGCCGGUGCUGACGCAGGGGAACCACCAGAGCAAGGAAGAUAUGGAUUCCAGCAAUGGUUGAAGAAUGGCGUGGUUCUUUCAAAACUGAUAAAUAGCCUAUAUCCUAAGGGCUCACAGCCUGUUAAGGUCCCUGAACCCCCUCCCAGCAUGGCCUUCAAGCAAAUGGAACAAGUGGCACAGUUCCUAAAGGCGUCCGAGGGUUACGGAGUGGUGAAAACGGAUAUCUUUCAAACCGUAGACCUGUAUGAAGGAAAAGAUUUGGCUGCUGUGCAGAGGACAAUUGUGGCUCUUGGGAGUAUUGCAGUCACUAAAAAUGAUGGCCAGUACCAAGGAGAUCCCUCCUGGUUCAUGAAGAAAGCCCAGGAACAUAAACGGGAUUUCUCUGACGACAAGCUGAAAGAAGGAAAGAAUAUAAUUGGUUUGCAGAUGGGUAGCAACCAAGGAGCCUCCCAGUCUGGCAUGACAGGCUAUGGCCGCCCAAGACAGAUUAUGAGUUAAAGCCAAAAAAGAGGCAAGAAUUGUUGUUAACCUCUUCACUGCUCUAAGAGUCCCUAAGCAAAUCUGCAGCAAUGAAAGGGCGAGACUAAACCUGGUUCUCCUAGUCAUUCCACUAUUGCAGAAGAAACGCAAGCAUAGCCAUUCCAAUGAUAAGUAUCUAAAAACGAAGGAUCCGUCGCAAGAAAACACUUUCACUUUUAUGUUACAAAAGUGGUCACUCCUUUCCAAAACAAUUUUAUGCAGCUUUCUAACUAUAUUUUCAAUUACUGAAAGUGAAAUGUAAUUAAACAUCACAAGGUUGGCUGUUUGAGAUCCAGUCUUCAUUCACGACCCCCAUCCCUUUCCCUUGGUAUAUGUCCUAGUAAGAGGCCCGGUCUUGUUCAGAAACAAUAUUUCUUGCAGGGCAUCUCAAGAAUGCUUCUUUUCUAACCAUAUCAAGAAUAGUAGUUUUAAAAGACGUAAUAACUCAAUGUUUCAUGCUCCUCUCUUAUAGCCCCCAUUCCAUGCUUUCAGCUCACACUUGGCUAUUUUCAUUUGUAGAAACAGAUCUCCAUUUAACAAGGUCUUCACAAGAUACUGCUCAUCACUUGCAAUGCAACAGCAUGUUUUCUAUUCAAUCUGACAGCAGUUAACGAGGUUAAUUGUCACCUAUGAUUUCAACCGUAAAUUUCUCUACCCUUUUAAAUCGGUGUUUAUUAUAAAGAUUUUUUUAUUCUUUGUUGGUCAAAAUAAAAAACAUUUGAAACCAUUAAA